CUAGGCAAUAACCAUGAGACGAUACAACACUCGAAGUACUGCCUGUCAACCUCAACUGGUACUUGGCACUUCAUCUUCGAUACCACACAACACUCGCUGAUAAGGCUAGGCUAUGGCGCCCUCGCCAGUCCAGUCCUCUACGCAGUCAAGACCAAGAUACACACGAUCCAAGUCGGGAGCGCAGGUAGCGCUGAUCAGAGCUAAGAGGAAUAAACAACAACCCAUUCCGACCUACGACCCUUCCAAACAUGGCUUCCUGGAUCUGCCCGGUGAAGCGCGCAAUCUGAUCUACGAUCUUGUGGUCCAAGAUAUGCCAUGCGCCGGUACCCUCAACCUUUACACCUUCCGCAUACCUACCCCAUCGAUGGCUCUUGCGUGUAAAGAGAUCUUCGGCGAAGUCAUGGGUUACGUGGUCCAAAACUUGAGUUUCGCUGGACAGGUGAUAAACCUGGCGGUGGGUUUGACUUUUCCGUCACCCAGACUCCUUUGCUCUCUGUCAGCACUCGUCUCUAUCUGGAUGCUUGUGCCGCUGCUGGCAUGCACUUCAGCCUCAGACAUCUCAAUUUCUGCGCCCCUUGCUCUCAUGGUACAAGUCCUUUCUCGAAGCGCUGUCACUGGGAUCUCGAGAUCACGGACGACAAAGCUACUGUCACAGCCUCAAGAACAGAUGCAGAGACAGACGCUUGUGUGCGGAUCUGGCAGACAAACAUGGAAAAGGGCGUGAUGGGAAUCAUGCAGCAGCACAGGACCAAGUCUCUCGGUGUCGCUGAACGAGACGCUUUUCGGCAGCUUCUUUCUCGGUUCAGUCUACACGGUCACUUUAGAGGCAGAUCUACUCGCCCUGAGGCUUUGGAUUCUGAGGAUGCUGAGAUGAUCAGGUUGAAGGGGGGGUAUCUUGGUUGUCAUCUUGAGACUCAUCCAUGGGAGUUUUAUCAGAUAAGCUCAGACUAAAUAGAUUGAGGACAAAGCAUGCAGGAUAGUGUCAAAGAGGACUGGUUAGCAAGAGAAGGAAGAGGUGACGAGGCCCUUGCGCAAACAUGCCAAUACCGAAGCAGUCACUUAUGUUGGCAUGGACUAUUCGUACGAGAUACGAUAUAAAUGCACCGAGCUCGAGUGUUUCAGAUAGUGGUACCAUGGACAGGGUGGUCCCCGUAACAAGUGAUGCACGG